AUGAUGCUUCUUGAUACCUUAGGUUUUGAGCUGCUUGGGAGCUUGCUGGAGAUGGCUUCAACUAUGAAGGAAGAAGCUCAGAAUUCAUUACAAAAAGAGAGGUUCCAUGGCAUUAAUUUCCUAAGGGUUGAUUACUUGAUUUGCAGGUUUCAUGAAAUCAAAACCCUGAAGGUCGAUUUGCAGAGGAGGAAGAAGAAACAGAUCGACAAUGAAGAUGGAGGAGGGAAGAGGGAAGAGAUGCAAUCGCCGAUGAAGAUGGAGGACAGAGAAGAUGAAUUCGACGCCUGCGUUACCAGUGCAUCAGCUCAUCAUCGAUCACUAUUCGGGGGAGAUUUGGUGUUGUUGGUGGUUGUGUUUAGUUUGACUUUUUCACCAUCAAAGUAG